CUCCACUUCGCUUCCAUUUCCUUCCUUCGCCUCCUUAACCUAUUUGAACCUUCUCUCCUCCUCCUCCUCUUCCUCCCAUCAUCUUCAUCUCUCGCAGGACGCAGCGCUGGUCAUCGCGUCCUCUAUGGCCUCUGAUCCUACAUACGACAAGGCAGCGGUACAAGAGGCAGAGCUCGAAGAAGAAACCCGGCACACGAGUAGACGAUCAGGUGAUUUGGAAGCUGCCCUUGCAUCGAUGUCGCGCCGCACCAUGCGUUACGAGCACCAGAUCAAAGACCUCCAGUCCCGACUCACGGUGGACAUGAGCAACUCUCGCGCUAUCCACAACCUGCUGCAGGAAGUCUUGGCUGGACUUCAGCAAAACCAGCGUCGUACAGAUCUCGCGCUCACCACCACUGUGCCACACAUCGAGAACUCCCUGGACGAUGACCUCGCCACGUUGCAGGAGCUCGAGGAGCACCUCCCUCACGUCGGACAGCAGGUCGUCCACAUCCGGCGCGUCUAUAACCACGGAAGAGACAAGGUGCGUCUGCGCGUUCACGCGGAAUCGGUGUCUUGGCAUCGCCCGCGCUUCCCUUCUGAUCUUCCUUGUCAUCCGCUAACUGUUUUCUCCUCGGACCUCCCGCUGGCCGCUGUCCUCGAACAGGCAUGCGAGCUCAUGUCCGCUCUCGAAUGGCUCAACAUCCCCGUCUCCUCCCGCCUGCGAACCAUCAUCUUCACUUCGAAUGCUCCGGUCAGCUUCAGGUGGAAGGCGCUCAUCCGCACGCUGUUCGCUCUGGCGCUCCUUGCGUGCAUUUGGAUCGCUUGGAUAACGAUCCAAGGCGCUGUGCGCGCCCACCGUCAGCGGCUCGUGUGGGGAGAACGCCUCAUGAGCUAACGAUGUCCACUGGAUGGCUCGUAUCUCCGACGACUUCUCGCUUUCAGCUGCUCGAUGCCAAGACCACGUCUACAGUUGGGCGCGCCACUGCCUACGAUGUAGGCCCACGAGAUACUCCUCGAUGCAACCUCGUGACUGGGCGAAUGUAUCAUAUUUACCUAGACGCUUCCUUCUAAGGGAGCCACCACUGUAAAGUUAUUGCCUCGGCUUCCCUUUCGGCUCGACGGACUGCAUAUGAUUCCCAUUGAUUGCUUCGAUGUAUAUAGUACUCACGCUAUAUAGAGCAAACUAGUGUCCCUCCGCUGUCUGGCCAUGCAAUAUAUGGAAUUAUGAAUCGAUUCGCCCAGCUAUCGCUGCCGCGCCAAGCCCGCUCU